AUGGCUGCACUCCCACUCCGCACGAGGGAUCAACCCGACAUUCGCGCCAGGAUCAGCAUUCAUGACGACGAUUCUCCCAAUGACAUUAAAGAACUACUCAUCGCUGAUCAGACUCAAAACAAACUCCGUUCACAACAAUCAUGGCAUCCUCUUGACACUCCCAACUCUCUGCAUCGCACCAUCUUACGCAAGACCCGCACUUUACCUUAUCCUUAUCGCCUCGGUCAUCUCCAAGAUCUCCCUAUCUCGGACCCUCUACCGAACCCACUGUCACUGAACAGAUCUGCAAGCUUCGACUCUCUCUCAACUCUACACCGACAUGCAGAGGCUGCUUCUUUAAGCCGUUACAGGGACUCACCCAUCUCGGCGAUCGGUCGACCAUCCGCUGCUCUAGCAUGCGAACCUGACAUCGUCUACGAACCGCAAGACCCGUGCCCGCCUUUACGCGUAGAGACUCUCAGCCAACAGAGGAAGUAUCAGAAGCUUCUCAAGAAGUCCCUGAAGAAGAAGGAGAAGGAGCAAAUCAAGGCACAGAAAGAAGAUGAGCAACUACGCCGUGCAUUCUUGGCCGCCGAGGUCGCCGCCGAGCGUAGGAAGAAUGCAAUUGCCCGGGGCGAGGUCAUUCCGGCUCGCUCCAAGAGCACAAAGACUAUUGCUUCCGAGGUCUUGAAAAAGCUGAGCUUGAGUCGACCGCUAAGCCUCAAACGUUCACUGAGUAAACUCGGUCGCAGUGUCAAGAAAGACACGUCAAAUCCUCCCACUCUCGACGAUUUCAGCACCAAACAGGGAUUACACGAAUACCUCAACCCACCAAGGCGGUCAGAUGAUAUUGCGGAGCUUCCGGCAGAGUUGCCUCAAUAUACACCCUUCCAGAACUCAACCCGGACGCAAGACAACGAGCCGUUGAACAUGGCGGAAGAUGCACCAAAGCCAGACGCAAAGAUCCCUGACGAAGCCCCAAAGGAGGAGUCACCUGUGACUACUUCACCAAAGACAUCACCCAGAAUGAGAUGUGAUUCAUGCCAAGGUCCUAUUCGGUUGAGCCAGGUUUACUAUCAAUGUUCGAUCUGUGAGAACGGUGACCGGAUAGUAUGCUCAUCAUGUGAUCAAGCGGGCUGGAGUUGUCGACAUGACCUUAUCGAAAGGGUCAGGAGUGUAUCAAGGGCACGUGAUAUAUCUACAACUCCUUCCACAACUCGACCAAAUCGCGAAGGCAGCCGGCAUACCGGUCAAGAUCAUACUGCUGCUAUGUGGGGAUUGAACGUGCCAGAUUGUAUUAUCGAAGAAGCUCGUUUCACGGAGUCUCCUCAAGCGACCAUAUCUGCGGCGAACCCUUGGGCAUACAACGAUGUUCUCGGAAUCCAAGGUUCUAAGCAUGCUGGCCCAAGCAGGAUUUCAGUCACAUGCAAGCAGAGAGAAGGCGUCAAGGAAAUAGACUUCCGUCGCCGUGAACAAGAGAUGGUUCUCCGCGAAAAGGAUAUCAAUAUGCGAGAACGAGAGGCUUCGUUCAGGGAACAACGAGCCUCGUUAAGAGAACGAGAAUCUGCCCUAGAAAUCAAGCAACACGUCUUUGCGCUACAGUUGCAAACUGCACUUGUUCGACAAAUGCAGGAAGCAGCAACGGGUGUAGGAUCUCAGUUCCCAGAUCUCACAAACACCGAUCACGUUCGGUCACAUGCGACGAAGCGUAAAGCAGCAGGUGGUCAAGCUUCAAUUUCUCCUUCGAACUCUACAGGUUCUAACCAAAAGUCAUCGCCAAAUCGGUCACCAUCUGGUGGUCCUAAUGAAGAUGAUGAAGAUGAAGCAGGUGCUGGAACACCCAAAAAGGUGAAACAAGACCCGGAUGCUCUUUCUUCACCAGAGAAAUUGUACGCCUGCCCGUACUGCAAGUUUGACAAAUCGAGAUACUCGGAGCUCAACAUGCAGGAGAAACAAUACCGUGGUUGUUCCAGCGGAUACUGGCCAGAUAUCUCUCGCCUGAAACAGCACUUGUAUCGAGUUCAUUGUCGUCGAUUACAUUGCCUGAGGUGUUGGAACAAAUUUGAAUCUAAAGCACAACUGGAGCACCACAUGCGUGAGGUCAAUGGUUGUUCUCUGGCUGAAUGCCCCUGCCCAGAAAAGUUUGACGAAGCACAGUACAAUGAUAUUCGACGGAAGAGGCCAGCAAGCAGCCCUGAACAAGUUUGGUAUACUAUCUUUAAUAUUCUAUUCCCAGGGCAACCACAGCCUGCUAGCCCUUAUGCCGACAAUGUCAAAGCACAGUCUUCCUCGAUCUCGAGCCCAAGUGUACAUCCGCCUCAGGAUGCUAUGGAUGUUCUCAGCGAAGCUUUCGAAUCACGACUGAAUCAACACGGUGAUGCCCCCGAACAAGCGUGGCUUCGUCUCCCAGGAGCUCGUGAAUUUAUUCGGGAGCAGUUGCGAGCAUCGAUGUCAGAUGUCCUUCUGAGGCUUGGCAAUGCAAAUAGUCCAUCGAUCGGAGGGCUUGAUAUUUCACCGUCCUCGGCUCUUGCUCCAGGCUCUACUCGACGCAAUUCAAUUUCCUUGACGCCCAACUCAUCGAUCCCGCCUUCGCCAGUCACUGGACCUGGCUCAAUGAAUCAGGCAGGCGCCGACCAGCAGUACCAGCAGUAUCUCUACCCCGCCCAUCCUGUCAUCUUCAGCAGGCCGCUUCCGUCUCGAUCAGCUCCAGCAGAAUCCAAACCUAGAUCCGCCAAGCCUUCGGCACAGCAACACUUUUCAUCAUCGGGUAUGGCAUUUCCCACUCCGAUUGACACCGAUGUUGAAAAUGAUCGGUACGACGAUGAAUGCCAUAGUUGGAGCCAUGGAGAUGAACACGUAAUCUCGCCAGGUUUUACUUUUGAUUUCAACGCCGGUUUGGGUGUUGCCACCAUUGGAGAUGAACAACUCAUCUCAUCCGACGGAGUGACCAACGCAGACAAUAUUCCCAACAUCCAACAAUUUAACACGUCAAAUUACGCUCAGCCCCAGGCACUGGCACCAGUUACACAAUUAAAACCCAAGCAUUCUACAAGCUCAUCGGUAGACUCGGGCUACGGAAGCUUCAGCCACCGCUCAUCUACGGCCUCAUCUCGCCCGGUCUCCGCUUCACAUUCCACGUCGUCGAAUAACGUCAAAUCCGGCAUAGGACGUCUUGGCCGGGACAAAUCCCGAGAGAAAAUAAAAGGCAAGGCCCUACCAAACCCGGCCCCUCUACCGCCCUCAACACCAAGGCUUGAAGUCCGUGUGCCGAGCCCCGUCAACGAAUCUGCGAUCAAUUUUGAUGCGCUGGACGUGCCCUACUCGGAAUUCUUAGGCAAAGAUGGAGAAAUGGACCUCGAUGAGUUUGGAAAUGUCAACGGGGAGUCUUUGUCGGCGUUUCUCGAUCGCAAAUACCUCCACGGACCGAGUGACUCAGAGGAAAUGUUCAGGAAUGAGAAUUGGGGAGAUGACAUCGGCGGAGGGAUGGCGUUUGGUAUUUGA